GUGUGUCUGCAUUUGGCCUCACCUCGAGGGAAGGGAAAAGUGCACAAAGCAGCAGCAACAUGGCUCCCACAGCAACAGUCGACAAGCCAGAGGUGGUUAGCACCUCGAAGAAGGGCGAUGCCUCUCUUCACCCACUCGAUGAGCUGACCCCCGACGAGCACGAGACCACCGUCAGGGCCGUCAAGGAGAAGUGGCCCUCCUGCUGGUUCAAGUACGUGCAGCGCAAAGAGCCGAGCAAGGACGUUCUUGCGCCCUGGCUCGAUGGCAAGUCGAUCGCCAAGCCGCCUCGCGUGGCCGAGGUGUGCUUCAUCAUCCCACAGACGACAGAGAUCCACAUGUGCGACUACGUCUUUGCCACCGGCACGCUCGAGAACCACCUGCUGGCCGAGACGGGUGCCAAGGCACCGCUGGACAUCAAGAUGCUGGAAAAGUACGAGGAGCGGAUCCUAGAGGCACCCGAAGUGGCGACGGCCCUCGAAGAGCUCGGACUGCCCCGCGACACAAAGGUGUGCGCCGACCCCUGGAUCUACGGCGCCGACAGCGAAGGCGAGGAGCCGACGUACAUGCAGUUCCUCAUGUACCUGCGCCCUCCCGGGGCGGGCUCGGACCCCGACUCGUUCCACUAUGCGUACCCGCUCCCGUUUGUCCCCGUCGUCGACAUUCUUCUCGACCAAAUCGUGCGGAUCGACUGGGUCUUUACCGGCGACGACGCCGACGGCAUGAAGCGCACGUGGAAGGACCGCUUCGACGUCUCGCACUACCGGGCAAACGAGUACAUGCCGCACCUGCAGGAGGGCUACGUGGCCAGAAGCGACCUCAAGCCGCUGGUGGUGGAGCAGCCCGACGGUGCGUCAUUCACCGUCCGAGGCCGCGAGAUCCAGUGGCAAAAGUGGCAGAUGCGCAUCAGCUGGAACUGGCGCGAGGGCCUCGUCCUCCACGACGUGCGCUACGACGGCCGGUCGACGUUCUACCGCCUGAGCGUGUCGGAGAUGACGGUGCCGUACGGCGAUCCACGCCCCCCGCUCCACCGAAAGCAGGCCUUUGAUCUGGGAGACGCCGGCGCCGGUGUCACGGCCAACUCGCUGGACCUCGGCUGCGACUGCCUGGGCCGGAUUCACUACUUUGACGGCGACGUGGCCCUCUCGGACGGCCAGAUACUCCGCCAGAAAAACGUCGUCUGCCUCCAUGAGCAGGACAUGGGCAUCGGGAUGAAACACACAAACUACCGCACCAACCGGCCGUUUGUCACGCGCAACCGCCAGCUGGUCCUGCAGACGAUCAUCACCGUGGCCAACUAUGAGUACAUCUUCAUGUGGUACUUUGAUCAGGCGGGUGCCAUCCACUUUGAGACGAGGGCCACAGGCGUUCUUUCUGUCUCGGCCAUCGACGACGGCAAGAUCUCGCCGUACGGCAACGUCGUCGCACCUGGUGUCCUGGGCACCAACCACCAGCACAUCUUCUGCCUGCGCAUCCACCCGCGCGUCGACGGCGACGGAAACACGCUCAUCUACGAAGAGUCAAAGGCGAUGCCGUUUGCCACGGCAGAGGACAAGGCCGUGAAUCCGUUUGGCACGGGCUACGUAGUGGAAAAGACAAAGCUGGCCCACGAGGCAUUUGCGGACCUCGACGCGACCAAGAACCGCACCUUCAAGAUUGUGAAUCCCAAGGUGACAAACGGCGUCAGCCAGCGCAACGUCGGCUUCAAGCUCCACAUACCCGCCACCCAGCUGCUUCUCGCACACCCCGACUCAGUGGCAGCCAAGCGCGCCGCCUUUGCGCAGCACCACGUCUGGGUCACCCGGCAUCGCGACGGCGACUACUGGGCUGCGGGCAAGUGGACCAACCAGUCCAACGGCAAGGCCGGCGGCGUCGGCGACAUGGUCAAGAACAGGGCCUCGACGGACAACGAGGACAUUGUCGUGUGGGCCGUCUUUGGCCUUACGCACAACCCACGCGUCGAGGACUUUCCCAUCAUGCCCGUGGAGAACACGAUGCUGAGCCUGAAGCCGGCCGACUUCUUUGAGCGGAACCCGGCCAUGGACGUGCCCGUCUCGAUGCAGGCCAUCAACCGGUCCGUGCUCCACGAGGUGUCGGCUUCUGCUCCCGCGCCCGCUUCCGCGCCUUGCUGCCGGUAGGGGCCGAGCACGAGCCUGUUUCCCAUCGCCUUCUUCUCUUGGGCCACUGCAUCCAUUCCUCUGUGUAAAUAC